AUGGGUACUCUAAUAAUACCAAGAAGACGGUCGCUUGUAUUUAAAUUACUACUUUUGAUACCAGCAAUUUGGUUAUGUGCUAUAUUGUAUUUUUCCACUUCUUCGAAAUCAUCGGGCAAGAUCUCUUCUGUUAGGCAUCCAAAAGUUGAUUUACCAAAAUUGCAUAAAUUAGAAGGCUUCGGUCCUCCUAUGUCAAUGAAACCUGCCGUUGAAGUCGAGGAUAAGCUUCCUGCUAUUCAUGAGAGGAUUGAAGAGAGGAAUAUUCCUAAGCCAAACAAAGCACUGUUCGAUCAAGAUUCUCCCAUUUACAAACGAGGCGAUGCACAUCAGCCGGGUGAAGGUGGAAAAGCAGUGAUAAUCGAUAGAAACAAACUGACUCUCAGUGAAAAAAAAGUUUACGAUGACGGAUUUAGCAAAAAUGCUUUUAACCAGUACGUCUCAGAUAUCAUUUCGAUACACAGGAGUUUGCCUAGUUAUAUCGAUGAAGAAUGCAAAACGGAAAAAUAUGCUAGCGAUCUUCCGAACACUUCGGUUAUUAUAUGUUUUCAUAACGAAGCUUGGUCAGUUUUACUUCGUACAGUACAUAGUGUACUUGAAAGGACACCGGAAAAUUUACUUAACGAAAUUAUUUUGGUUGAUGAUUUUUCGGACAUGGCACAUCUCAAGGCUGAUUUGGAAAUUUAUAUGCGGCAAUACACGAAAGUUCGUAUUUUACGCUUGGAGAAACGUGAAGGCCUAAUAAGGGCUCGCAUAAGAGGAGCCGCUAUUUCAAAAAGCCCUGUGAUCACAUAUCUUGAUUCUCAUUGCGAAUGUGUAGAAGGUUGGAUGGAACCUCUUUUGGAUAGAAUUAAAAAGAAUCCAAAAACAGUGGUAUGUCCCGUCAUUGACGUAAUUGAUGAUAACACCUUCGAGUACCACUACUCCAAGGCUUACUUCACGAAUGUGGGUGGUUUCGAUUGGUCUUUACAGUUUAAUUGGCAUGCCAUUCCCGAGAGGGAUCGUAAAGGUAGAAGGAACAUUGAUCCCGUCAAGUCUCCAACUAUGGCUGGUGGCCUUUUUUCCAUCCAUCGUUCUUUCUUCGGGGAAUUAGGAUCCUACGAUCCUGGUCUCGAUAUUUGGGGUGGAGAAAACUUGGAACUUUCAUUCAAAAUAUGGAUGUGUGGCGGAAGAUUGGAAAUUGUUCCCUGCAGUCAUGUUGGCCAUGUAUUUCGCAAACGAUCACCUUAUAAAUGGCGUUCUGGUGUGAAUGUUUUGAAAAGAAAUUCUGUUCGAUUAGCGGAAGGUGACUUUGGAGAUGUAAGCAGCAGAAAGGCAUUGCGUGAGAAGCUACGAUGUAAAUCUUUCAAGUGGUAUCUGGACAAUAUAUAUCCGGAAUUGUUUGUUCCAGGAGAUGCUAUUGGAAAAGGAGAGAUUCGUAAUAAAGGCGAAGUGGCAGGGGAUAUUAUCCAACACUGCUUGGAUAGUGAGGUGGGCGAUGAGAUUCAAAAAGUCGUUAUUGCGUUUCCAUGUCACAAGAAUGGUGGUAACCAGCGCUACCGAGCACUCGAAAGAGGCUCACGAUUCCAGACGUUAAAUUUAAUCCAUUUAUUGACAGCUUUCUCUGCAGUUAACGACCAGUUUGAUGCAUAUUGGGCAUCGCGAGGAAAGCAAAGAUCAUCAAAUGCGGGUCUUUACUGGUGUCAUAAGAAGGGCGGUAAUCAGUAUUGGAUGAUAACGAAGGAUGGCGAAAUACGAAGAGAUGAUUCGUGUAUUGAUUAUGCUGGUGUCGAUGUUAUGGUUUAUCCAUGUCAUGGAAUGAAGGGUAAUCAAGAAUGGAAAUAUCUUCCUUAUAAAAGUCAAAUUCUUCAAAUUCUUCACGUCACUACAAACGAAUGUUUGGAAAUGUCGAGGGAUGGUGCCAAAUUGUUGAUGAAUGUUUGUGACCAAACAAAUCCUUAUCAGCAUUGGUUGGUUCAGGAAUUUAAUCGAACGUUAGCCAAACAGUAUAGAUUAUUAUGA